AUGCCCAUAGUAAGGGUGGAUCCAAACCCACGCUUAUUCCCUGAUGGAACAGCCAACAAACAAGCUGGCGGCCUUGUUAGCCUAAAAAAUUUCCUUCUCCGAACUAAUGGAAUUGGUGGUCAAAUUCCACAAGAAAUUGGAAACUGUAAACAUUUGUCUCUUGUAGAUCUAGAUGAGAAUCGUUUUUAUGGACCUAUCCCUUCAUCUUUAGUUCUGAGAAUUGCUGGGAAUUUGCUCGGUGGCAAAAUCCCUGAUGAGAUUGUUCAGCUGAACAAGCUUGCAGUGCUUGACAUCUCGUCUAAUAGAAUUUCUGGAGAGAUACCAGCACAAAUUGGAAAUUUGUCCAAUUUGUAUGUUCUAAACCUGAAAGAUAACAUGCUUUCAGGUGGGGUGCCCGUGGAGAUUAGAGAGCUGUCCAAAUUGGGGUAUCUAGAUCUCUCCAUGAACAUGCUAAGUGGGCCAAUUCCAUAUCAAAUAGGGGGAUGUUCUAGACUUCAACUCUUACGCUUGGGAAAGAAUAACUUGAGUGGGACAAUCCCCCGUCAAAUUGGGAAUCUUAGCUGCACUGCAACCAAUGGAAAAGGUUGGGGAAAUAAGAAAAACAAAUUAGUAAUUUUUGUUGCUUUGAUAUCAAGUGCACUGUUCGUUUCCCUUGGCUUUGUUGGAUUUACUGCAAUUUGCUGCCAUCGGAGGAAGUCCAGAAACAUGUCAACACAUGAAAACAGAUCGAGGAGGGAAAACCCAUUCUUGAUAUGGUGUUUUGAUGGGAGAAUUGUGUAUAAAGUGGAGUGGGAGGAACUGGAAAGGUUUAUAAAGUGGAAAUCCCAGGUGGUCAAGUGUUCGUUGCAAAAAAGCUUAAUGGUUCUCUGGUUCAAGACAGAGAGAUUGAGGCAGUAA